AUGCAUGGGCAACCCGGGGGCGGCGGGCCCCCUCCGCUCUCGAGCUGUCCCUCGGGGUCUCCGGAGUUCUUCGCGGGCAUGUACGGCGCUGCGAACGGUGUCUCCGGAGACACGCAGGGCCCCGCGCUCCGCGGCGGGCCCCCGAGCCUGCGCGGUGGAGCCCGAGGCGGUCGCGCGCCGGGCCCCCCCGCGUACGGCGCGGGGCGAAUUCGGAAGGAGGGAGACUGGGAGUGCGACGAUCCUGCGUGCCGCAACGUCAACUUCUCCAAGCGGACGCGGUGCAAUCGCUGCGGCAAGAGCAGGUCCAAGACUGGCGGACCGCUGAAAGACGCUCCGCCCCUCGGCGGGCCCCCGGGCCUCUUCAAGCAAGGAGACUGGUCGUGUGCGCACUGCGGGAAUGUGAAUUGGGCGCGGCGAAACACCUGCAACAUCUGCAACGCGGCGCGCCCUAGCAACCAAGACGAGCCCAGAAUGGGCCGUGGCGGCGGUCACUUCGAUCUCCAGGAUCCGGCAGACCGAAAUCGGCAUGACUCCGACGACGAAGACUUUGACGAGUUCGGGCGCAGAAAGCGGAAGCACGGGGCGCAGGCGCAGAGCGCGGGCUCGGCCGGCGCGGGCCUCGGGCCUGUCGCCCCCGCGGGCCUCUCGAGUGGCGCGCCCGAGGUCGCGCCGGCGGCCGCCGGGACCGGCGCGGAGACACUUGGAGCCCAACGGGCCGGUGGAGCCCUAGGCGCGGAGUGGUCGGGGUUCUACGCGGAGGCCUCGGAGACGGCGACGGAGGGCGGCGAAGCCCCCGCGGUGGCGGGCGUCACGGAGACAAUGGAGACGGGGGGGAUGGGCGGCACGAGAGGUUUUGGAAGUGGAAACGGAGACGGAGAAGGAGUGGGGGUGAAGCUGGUAUUCCCGCCGGCUCCAAAGAUUCGGCUCGUCUCGUCGUCUUCCUCGUCCUCAGAGAGCGAGUCGAGUCGGAGCCCAAGCCGAUCGCGGCGCGGCCACAGAAGCCGCAGCCGCAGCGCAAGCAGCGGCCGGAGACGGCGGAGACGAAGCAGCAGUCGCGAGAACCGAAGAAGUCGAAGAGACAGAGAGCGGCGGUCGCGGUCGCGGAGCUUGCGCGGCCACGGAGGCUCCAGUAGUUCGAGAAGGUGA